GGCAGCUCCCGCCAUAAUUCCUGACAGAAGACAUCCACCCAAAGGCGGUGAUGGCCGCGUCCACGAAAGUUAGCGACAUGUGUCGCUUAUGCGGCACGGACACACUUAAUGUGGUUCGACAUCACAUUUUCGAGGGUGAAGGGCAAGUCAAGAAGUCUGCCCAGAAGAUUUCCGAGUGCCUUCCUCUGCAUAUUGCUGCAGAAGACCCGCUUCCCAAAAAUAUUUGUGGGGAGUGCUCCUACAAACUGGACCUUAUGAGUGACUUCAGAGAAAAAGCUGUGAAAACAGAUGUUAUGCUCGUUUCCCUGGUGGAAGGAGUGAAACCUGAGAUUCCAGACGACGAUGACGAUGGUCCAGACCACGAAAUUGACAAUGACUUUCGCUCCGACACUCCAGUCGAGCAACCUGAGCAGCAGACUGAGCCUGAGGUACUGAUCAAAGAGGAAGAGGCACAACAGCCUCAGCAGCCGGAGAAAAGGCCCGGCAGAAAAGCGGCCAACAAACGGCCCAUCCAAGAGUCUGACAUGGAGGAGGAGGAGGAGGAGGCGCCCGCCAAGAAGCGCGGCCGCAAACCCAAGGAAAAGGAGACUGCACCAGCGGCGUCGGCUACGACAUCGGCAUCAACCAACCCGCCUAAGGAGAACACAGGGCCGCUGCCGGUGAUUGUGCGACCCGAACCUGGCCCCCAGCCCGUGAUUGGAGAAAUCGCCUACCAAUGUAGUCACUGCUUUGAACUGUUCAAGAUGAGCCGCGACGCAAAAUUACACAUCAUAGAAGCGCACAAGUACAAAUGCUCCACCUGCAGAUAUCGAGGGAGUACAGAAGCGGAUCUCGAGAAGCACAUGGAGAAUCAUCCAGCGCAGGUAGAGAAGGAAAACCUGCAUCGCUGUUGCAUUUGCUUACGGUCUUGUAUCUCCCGAGAAGCGUAUACAAACCACAUGAAGUUGCACGUCGGCUCUUUGCCUUAUGAGUGCGAAAAAUGCGACUUGCUAUUUCCUAACAAACCUAGAUUGGAAAAUCACAUGACAAGGCACGUGUGUCUGCCGCGCAAGCAAGGCGGCGUCUACGUGCGAAAAGCUCUCAAGCAGAGGGUAGCUUACCAGAAAAAGACUGUUCAAUAUAAAGGACACGAGUGCAGCAUCUGUCAGCAAAGAUUCUUGCGCAGAGAUGACAUGAGAAACCACAAGAGAAGAUUCCACGCUCGGGCCAAAGAAAUCGCAAGGAGCGAACGCGUGGCGAGGAAUUCAAAUCUGGCCAAGAAGAAACUGAAUGCAAAUAGACGUGGUUCGCUGCUAUCAGCAAAGAAGCCUCGCAAGUUUGACUGCCCGUGCGGCGAGACUUUUACGCAGUUGGAUGUGUUGUUGCGGCAUCGGGCUAAAUCUCAUCCCGACUGGAUACACGCAUGCCAGCGUUGUGAAAGGAUGUACACUACGCCCAUGCAGUUGGCAUCGCACAUCGACAGAGCACACCCUGCAUCCUCUUACGAAUGCAAUGAGUGCAAAGAAAAGCUGAAGACCAUGGUGGGAAUGCUCAACCACAGGGAGAAGCGGUGUCCACUUAGGAAAGGGCAGGUUAAUGCUCCAACCAGUCUGGGAAAGUUUACUUGCGACAUUUGCAUGAAAGUGUUUGAGAGCAAGGCUGAAAUCGAGGUGCACGUCAUGCUGCAUUUACACAAAAUAAAAAAUAUCAUGAAAGAAAUUUCCAAGAUUGAAGGGAAAAACAUGCUAUUAGCAACUACCCCGCCAAAAGCAGCAGCGCAAAACCAAGGCAAAAAGAAGUCCAACUUUGUGCAGUGCCCAUCGUGCGACAUGAACGUCCCCGCGUUCCAGUGGAAAAUGCAUCAAGUCCUGCACGACAACCCAAACCGUCCUAAGUGCGCCAAGUGCAACUUUGUCACAGUCACGCAAGGCAAGAUGUUGGCGCACACCAACAGCCACUUGGACACCGAGGCGCCAUUCUCUUGCAGCGUGUGUCACCUCAACUUCAGGGAGAAGUACUGGGCCGAAAAGCACACCAGUGCGUACCACGGAAACAAAGCCAGGGUGAAGAACAACUUCGAAGUGACUGACCCAGCGGCAAAACAGCAGAAUAAACUGGCUAAAGUCAAAGCGUGCCCCAUGUGCACCGAAUCCUUUAGCGAUCCUCUCUCCUACCAGACACACCUUCUGGCCCAUAAGCAAGUGCAAAGCUUCCAGAAAUGCAAACACUGCGACACUCGCAUCCGCGGUUUCGACAUGAUGGUAACUCACUUGAAACUGCAGCACUGCCUCCACGUCACAGUCCCGCUCAACUGUCCAAUGUGCAACUUGCUGCUGAAUAACAGAUUCAGCCUGAACCGCCAUCUCACUAGCAUGCAUCCUUCUUGCUCGUACUGCAGACAAAUGCAGUCGAGCAAAGCUGCACUCGUGUCUCACAUCAGCAUGAGGCAUCCGGACAUGCUGCCGUUCAGCCCACUCGAGGAUGACACCACCGUAAAGGUUGAGCCCCCUGAAACGAGUCCCCCUGCAGUAGAAGUGAAGGAUGCUGAACCCCCCAGUCGCAAUACAAUUGAUGCACUGAAAAAUUUUGUCGCGACAAAGGGCAACAUCGCAAGCAACAGUGUUGGUAACGGAGUGGAACAGAACUCAGCCGCGGCCAGCCAACAACUCCCUGCUCUGGUGCCCAUCUCUGAUCAGAAGCAAACAAAGGCGAAGAGGCCCUCGAAACCUAAAAUCCCUAAGCAAGCUGUACCACCAGAAUCUAACGUCGCGGAAACUCAGAACAUCGUCAAAAUCGAGUCUGCCCAAGAUGAGGGUUCUGAUUUGAACGGAGCUGGACUUUUCCUUAAGUCGAACUCUCGCAAUAGAAAUACUUGCCACAUUUGCGGAAUGAGGUUUAAAACGAUCGGUGAAUGCUCUAAUCACUUGAUCAACGAGCACAAUGUGUGCCGCUAUUGCAGUAAGAACUUUGAAACUGCGGCUGAGAUGCAGACCCACAUGGAUAAUCAUCCAACCCUUAGUUGCCCUUGCUGUUCAAUAAAGCACACCGAUCCCAAUAAAAUGCAUAUUCACAUAUUGCGGAGUCAUCAAGACGGAAAUGCCUGUUGCAGAUGCUUUAAAGUGUUAAAAAACCGUGAAGACCUGAAAGCCCACUAUGAACUCGAGCAUGAUUCUAUCGUGCAGUGCCCUACCUGCGACCACUUCAUGCACAAGAACAAUAUCACAUCUCACGUUAGAACGAAACAUGGCAGUAUAGCAAAUUAUAAAUGCGCUCAUUGUUCCAGAGUUUUCAAAACUAAAGCUAGCCACGAUUUGCAUAUCCGAAUCCACACAGGAGAAACGCCAUAUGAGUGCCCAAUUUGCGUUCAAAAGUUUAUUGCCUCACACAAAAUGGCAAAACAUGUUGUAGUCAGUCACAAGUUUGAUGAAAAGCGCCCGAUACAAACUUGCCCCUGGUGCAACACCAAGUUGCGGACCAUUAUUGAGCUGGGCAAACACGUCACUUCCUCUAAAGCUUGUAGUGAAAUGCGUGAUUCUCAAUCUCGUGCGUCUGGCUCGGACGUUUCUAACGAGACAGUAGAUACUGGCUCGUCUUCAACAGCAGAUGUCAAUUGAUAAACCUGUUCCAAAUUGUUCUGUUAAAAAAGUUUUUUGUAAUCUUGAUCACAACACUUAAUUAACAUUGGUGAAGAACUGUAUGUCAUGAACUACGAUUAUUUACCUUGACCAGUUAUUAAUAAAGCUAAAAUCAACAUAA